CAAUCGCUGCGGCGUGCGGGGAAAAAAAUCGUGGAGUUUAGCUCCCCCCCCCCCCCCACCAUGGCCGCGCGCCUUCACCUUCACCUCCGCCGCUGCCCUCGCCUCCGCGGGUUCGCGUCCUCCUCGCGCCCCCUCCUCGCCACGCACCCCAGAGCGCUGCCGCUCCCCCGCAUGGGCUCGGUCGCGCCCCUCGCCGCGGCGGCACGCGCCCGCCGCGGCUUCGGCUCCUCCGUCACCACCACGCCGCCCGCCGAGGACGAGGACUUCGCCACAGCUGCCGACCUUCAGUUCGACCCGCCGCUCACGGUCGUGAAGUACCCCGACCCAAUCCUGCGGGCGCGCAACAAGCGCAUCAACACCUUCGACGACGGCCUACGCCGCCUCGCUGACGAGAUGUUCGACGUCAUGUACAAAACUGAUGGAAUUGGUCUAUCUGCACCACAAGUUGGGGUGAACGUGCAGCUUAUGGUUUUUAAUCCAGCUGGUGUGAAGGGAGAAGGAGAGGAGAUUGUCCUUGUCAACCCAGUAGUAUACAAACUGUCGAAACGAUUGUUAGUGUUCGAGGAAGGCUGCUUAUCAUUCCCUGGGAUAUAUGCCAAUGUGGUGAGACCAGACAAUGUCAAAAUUGAUGCUCAAGAUGUUACAGGGGCCAAGAUCAAAGUUAAAUUGUCAGGUCUGUCUGCAAGAGUUUUCCAGCAUGAGUUUGAUCAUUUACUGGGGAUUCUUUUCUUUGACAGAAUGUCUGUUGAUGUUCUUGAGAGCGUGCGCGAGGGACUGAAGGACUUAGAGAAUAAAUAUGUGGAAAGUACAGGGCUAGUAAGCCCUGAAAGUAUUGAGAACUACAAAGGAAGAAAGGAUCUCAUUAGUUUCUCAAGAUGAGUGGCUUUCGGUAGGUUAUGGCAUUUUUUCAAACAUCAUCCUGUGGAGCUUCAAAUUGACGAGUGUGUGGAACAAUUGCCAGUGCCACAUAUUCUUCUUUCAUUCUACUUGUUGACAGUCUUGCCGCAUCUAGUUAUGUGCGGUGCGACACCAAUGAAAUUACAUCGAGAAAACAUGCUAGUGAUGAAUGAGCUGUAAUUUCCUAGAAGGAAUAUGCGAACAAUAUUCUUGUUUGCAUAUUUAUGACUUUUUAGAGUAUAUUAUAUUUUCUCAUUUUUCAUAAGAUUUUUCAUGGAAUGACCUUUUUCUCAUUAAAUUUACAAAAAAAGUGCUGUCCUCAUUGUGCAAACAAAUAGCACAAAUACUUAAGUUUUUUUUAUUUGAU